CUGUGACAGCUUGUGGCUUCACAGCCGGGUGCCCUCUAAGCAUACGCGAGAAGCGCUGCACUUUGUCUGCAGUCACUGGUCAUCUCCUGUACUAUGUCCACAGUCUCUGGUCAUCUCCUGUACUGUGUCCGCAGUCUCUGGUUAUCUCCUGUAGUAAUGUCCGCAGUCUCUAGUCAUCUUCUGUACUAUGUCUGCAAUCUCUGGUCAUCUGUAGUAUGUCUACAGUCUCUGGUCAUCUUCUAUACUAUGUCUGCAAUCUCUGGUCAUCUUUAGUAUGUCCGCAGUCUCUGGUCAUCUCCUGUACUAUGUCUGCAGUUUCUGGUCAUCUCCUGUACUAUGUAUGCAGUCUCUGGUCAUCCCCCUGUACUGUGUCUGCAGUUUAUAGUCAUCUCCUGUACUUUGUCUGCAGUUUCUGGUCAUUUGCUGUACUAUGUCUGCAGUCUCUGGUCAUCUCCUGUACUAUGUCUGCAGUCUCUGGUCAUCUCCUGUACUAUGUCUGCAGUCCAUUGUUUCAGAAUAUUUUUUUUCUUGUUUUCCUCCUCUAA